CGAGGGAAUUAAACAUUUUGACUCGCAAGGUUAACCAGGUUAACUUAGUCUGAAAGACGAACAUUUAACAAUUAAGAGACGAAUUGUCGAUUAAUCAGAAACAUCGGAAUAUUAUAUAAACAAAGCGACCCGUGAUAUCUGGCAAGCGUUGCCUCGGCAGAACCUUGUUGGCUCUUGUGCUCGUUCAGAAUACAGUUUCAAAUGCAAUGAAAAUAAACGAGAAGAAUAUGGUAGCUUUCGCGACAUCGGCUACACCGGUGGAUCGUGAAGGUUGGUUAAACAAACGUGGCGAAUUGAAUCGUGGCUAUCAGAGAAGAUGGUUCGUUUUGAAGGGAAAUAUAUUGUUUUACUUUGAUCGACGUGGCGACAAAGAACCAGUAGGUAUGAUAGUUUUAGAAGGUUGUACUAUCGAAUUGGCAGAGGAUGAGGAACAGUUCGGCUUUCAAAUUGUAUUUCAUGGUCCAAAUAAUCGAAAUUAUGCUCUUGCCGCGGAAUCGCAGGAAUCUAUGGAACAAUGGAUGAAAGCCCUGGCAUGUGCAAGUUACGAUUAUAUGAAAUUAAUGGCAGCGGAAUUGCAAAGACAAUUGGAUGCUGCGGAAGAGGAAACUACGUUAGUUGUGCCUCCCUCGCAAUCUCCUAAAGCUCCUCCGCGGCAACGACAUAAUCCUUUCAAUAGGCCCGAAUCGCAUCAUCGUUCCCAGAGUGUCAGAUCCGCUCCAGGUAGAACGGAGAACGUUCCUAGAACGAGGAUUACGUUUCGCGAACUGCACACUAUAUAUGGUAGAAGAAUUCUGGCAGAUUUAAACGAAUGGAGGCACGCGAGAAAAAACGUAGAGACACCUUUGAUCGCUCUAUAGCGUGCUGUGUUGCGUGUACAUUGUAAAUAUUUUAAUGGAAAAUCUGAUAUUGUACUUACAAAGUGUUACUAGAAUUUAUCAUUUAUUUUUUUAUAAUACCAAUGAAUUUUUAAUCAUUACAUUGCAACUAAAUAGCUUAGAUUAUUUUUAUCCCCUGUGUACGCAGGAUUUUUGUCAGACAUGUGUUUGUCAACAAAUAUUACCUGUCCAAUUAAAAUUAAAAAAGAAGAGACAAUAGAUCAGUUCUUACUCGUUUCGUUAUUAAUGAAGGCCACACGAAACGCGUGAUACUCCGCUAUUAGACAAGGUAAAAUUUUAUUAUUGUACAAAGUAAAUAUAAUAAACAGAAAGAU